AUGAGGUUCGAUCUGCUCAUUGCCGGUGCCGGCCUGCUCGGUUCUGUUUCUGCGGGAAAGCCUAACAAGUUGGUCAACCAGAAGGACUUGAUCAAGGAGGUCAAACUCAAGAACUUGAUCAAGGGCUCUGAGAAGCUCCAGAGAAUUGCCGACAAGUAUGGCGGAAACCGAGCUUUCGGUGGAGGCGGUCACAACGCCACAACUGAGUGGCUCUACGACAGCCUGAAGAAGUACGGUGACGACUACUGGGAGGUUUACAAGCAGCCCUUCGUAGAGCUCUUCACCGCCGCUACCGUCAAGCUUACCGUUGCUGGUGCCGAUGUCAAGGCUGACUACCUCACCUACGGUCCUGCUGCCAACAACGUUGGAGGCAACCUCGUCAAGGUCAAUAACGUUGGCUGUGACGCUGCCGACUACCCCGCUGCUGUUUCUGGCAACGUUGCGCUCAUCUCUCGCGGCACCUGCACCUUCGCCAUCAAGGCCGCCAACGCUAAGACCGCUGGCGCCUCUGGAGCCAUCAUCUAUAACAACACCCCUCUGCAGCCCCUCUCCGGAACCCUUGGAGGCGACGGCAACUACGCCCCCGUCGUCGGCGUCACCCAGGAGAUCGGCAACGACCUUCUCGCCAAGGUUGGCAACAGCACCACGGUCCCCGCCACCAUCUUCAUUGAUACCAUCCGCGAAAACCGCACAAACUACAACGUCAUCGCCGAAACUAAGGGCGGCGACAAGAACAACGUCCUCAUGAUCGGCGGACAUACGGACUCCGUGUUCGCUGGCCCCGGAAUCAACGACGACGGCUCAGGCACCAUCGGCGUCCUCGUCGUCGCCGAAGCCCUCGCAAAGUACAAAGUCAAGAACGCCGUGCGCCUGGGCUUCUGGGGUGCCGAGGAGUUUGGCAAGUUGGGGAGUUUCCACUACCUCAAGACGCUCAACGGGAGUAUUUCUGGGGGGCCAGAGGAGGUUGCGAAGAUCCGCGCGUAUCUCAAUUUCGACAUGAUUGCGAGCCCGAACUACGUGUAUGGUAUUUACGAUGGCGAUGGUAGCGCGUUUAACUUCUCUGGUCCCGCGGGGAGCGAUACUAUUGAGAAGGACUUUGAGAAAUUCUAUGAGGCGAAUGGAAAGGCCCACGUCCCCUCGCUUUUCACCCUAAGGUCUGACUACGCCGCUUUCCUCGAGAAUGGUAUCCCCAGUGGUGGCCUGUUCACGGGUGCUGAGGUCCUCAAAACUGAGGAGGAAGCACAGCUUUUCGGCGGCGAAGCCGGCGUAGCACUCGAUGCUUGCUACCACCAGAAGUGCGACGACAUCAAUAACUUGAACCACGAGGCAUAUCUGCUCAACACGCAGAGUAUCGCCAACUCGGUUGCCAAGUACGCGAUUAGCUGGGAGGGUAUCCCGAGGCCGAAUGCCACGCUGAGGAAGAGGGAUGCUGGUGCUGCACGCUUCGCUGCGAGGUUCGAUAAGGGCGGACACGAUCACCACGGCCAGCCUUGCGGAAGCGGUCACGAUGAGUUAUAG